GGUAAGGACACCCACCGCUACAUCGCCUGCCAGGGACCACUGCCGCAGACUACCGGAGACUUCUGACAGAUGGUCUGGGAGCAGAGGUCGAAUGUCGUCGCCAUGGUGACACUGGCUGUUGAAAGUGGCAAGGUAAAGUGUGACCGCUACUGGCCUGAUUCCAUGGAGACACCCAUCACAGUGGCCGGCCGCUAUCAGCUGAGACUGGACAGUAUGCAGACGAUUGACCACUUUGACAUCCGCAAAAUAUCCAUGAGUGAUAUGAAGACCAACACCAUCCACUACGUCACCCAUCUCAACUUCACCACCAGGACAGACCACAGCGUGCCCUCCUUAGCCCUCCCCUUACUGCGCUACACCAAGUACAUGCGCAAGAUUCACGCCAAUGGGCCAAUCAUCGUCCACUGCAGCGCAGGAAUCGGCCGCACCGGAACGCUGAUCACCAUCGAUACCCUCAUGGCGUUGAUCGAUCGGGACGAGCCGUUCAAGAUUGUCAACAUCGUCAGGGAUCUGAGGACCCAACGCCAGGGCAUGAUUCAGACCAAGGACCAGUAUCUGUUCUGCUACAAGGCGACCAUUGAACUGCUCAAGACUCUCGUCUGAUACGCCAAGUAUUCUUCUCAGAGAUAAUAAUAAUAAUAAUAAUAAUUUGGGAGGCUAAUCAUCCUUACUCGCAGCUGGUAUGCUGAAUUGC